AGUCGUGACUCGACUCCACAAGCCGAGGGACUCACUUGUGAGAGACGGCGUCACGAGGCGCGUCCGUGAGGCCGCGUUUUUCAUUUUCCGUCGCCCGCCGCGUUUUGCGACGGUGCUCUCGCACCUGUCAGACGGUUCCGCCGUGUCGUUAUCGCACGUGGAUAACAGACUCGGAACUUGGUGGCCACGAGGAGAAACCGAGGGAUUCGGACAGGAAAGGAAUUCCGAUCUCGGUGCUCAGCGAGAUCUCGACGUUCGUACCGAGGAGGAGAGCGGCGGCUAUCGUCUCUCGAGGGAAAGAAGAAAUAUCCCAACGGUGUACACUGCGGGAAACGCUAUUUUAGCAUAUACGCUAACGUAGCUGAACUUUAUUAGACGGAGGACGGUAUUGGCAACGUUAAUUACAACGGAAAUCACUUUUUCGUCCUGCAGUGAGCGAAAGUGUGUUUCGCGUCGUUCUAAAUUUUCGAAUAAUCGUCGAUGGCUUAGCAUCGUUGCAAAAAAUCCACAAAGGUAGAAAAAAGAAACGGAAAAAUGCUUCAUUAUGGGCACGUGGCUCUCGCAGCUUUAAUUAUUGUAAUUAUUACUUUAGCAGGACCUACGAGUUCACAACAUGUACGGGACAAAGUACCAUCCAGAGGAUCGUACGCAAAAAGACCGCAUCCCUGCGAACAGAGCUCAUGUUAUCCCGCAACCGGGAAUUUGCUAAUUGGCCGUAAGGACAAACUGACUGCUUCGUCGACAUGCGGUCUUCAUGGUCCUGAAAGAUUUUGCAUUGUUUCUCAUCUUAAGGACAGAAAGAAAUGCUUUUUCUGCGAUGCAUCGAUACCUAAACAACAGCAUAAUAUCGAGAACAUCGUCAGCGGGUCAUGGUGGCAGGCCGAAAAUGGAGUGGAAAAUGUCACAAUACGUUUCGAUCUUGAGGCAGAGUUUCACUUCACGCACAUCAUUAUUCGCUUCCAAACCUUCCGACCGGCUGCUAUGCUGAUCGAACGGUCGUACGAUUUUGGAAAAACCUGGCAGGUGUAUCGGUACUUUGCUCAUAACUGCGAACAUUACUUCCCCGACAUCCCGACCCAUCAACCACAAAGAUUAACGGAUGUCAUUUGCGAGACGAGAUACUCGGCUGUGGCACCGUCCACUGGCGGUGACGUAAUUUUCAGGGUGUUGCCGCGAAAUUUGGAAAUAGAUAAUCCUUAUUCGAAGGAAGUGCAGAAUCUACUGAAGAUCACCAAUCUCAGAAUCAUCAUGACUAGACUCCAUACUCUGGGUGAUGAUUUGCUCGAUGAUCGGGCUGAGAUUCGCGAGAAAUAUUAUUACGCCAUCCAAGAUAUGGUGAUUCGUGGUUCGUGUUCUUGUUAUGGACACGCCUCUAGAUGUUUACCGUUACCAGGAGUCUCUGAUGAAGAGAACAUGGUCCACGGCAGAUGUGAGUGUACACACAAUACUAAAGGCCUCAACUGUGAGAGUUGCGAAGACUUCUACAACGAUCUGCCGUGGAAGCCCGCGGUCGGCAAACAAACGAACGCUUGUAGGCCUUGCAAUUGCAACAAUCAUACCAAUUCUUGUCACUUCGACGAAACGGUCUACGAGAGAUCGGGCAGAGUGUCCGGCGGAGUCUGCGACGAUUGCCAGCACAAUACGCGAGGACAGAAUUGCGAACAGUGCAAGCCAUUCUAUUAUCACGACGUGACGAAGGAUAUCUCUGAUCCAGAAGCUUGUCAACCCUGCGAUUGUGACCUAGGCGGAUCCUUGGAUGAUGGCAUAUGCGACUCAAGGACUGAUCCUUUAAGUGGCGACGAGUCUGGACGCUGUCACUGUAAAGCGAAUGCUGACGGGCGUCGUUGUGACCGCUGUAAAAACGGCUUCUGGAACUACGAUCCCGACAAUCCAGAGGCAUGCCAAGCCUGCACCUGUAAUAUCUUGGGUACCAUCGAUAAUCAGGGUUGCAACGUGGUGACUGGUGAGUGCACGUGCAAACGGUAUGUCACAGCGCGCGACUGCAAUCAAUGUUUACCUGAAUAUUGGGGACUCUCCGAGGAUCGCGAUGGAUGCAAACCAUGCGAUUGCGAUUCUGGCGGAUCCUACGAGAAUUCCUGUGACGUCAUCACCGGUCAGUGCAGAUGCAGACCGCACGUCAGCGGGAGAACUUGCAAUCAGCCGGAGCAAAGUUAUUACACCGGCUCGCUAGAUUUUCUCAUUUACGAAGGAGAGUUGUCUAGGGCUACCGACAAUUGUCAAGUGGUAAUCAGAGAGCCUUAUCGCGAUGGUAGGAACAGCACGUGGACCGGUACGGGUUUCAUGAAGGCUCUCGAGGGUUCGGUACUGAACUUCACCAUCGACGACAUUCGCAGAUCGAUGUGGUACGAUGUGAUUGUACGCUACGAACCGGUGCAUCCGGGAGUCUGGGAGGACGUGCAGGUUAUUCUCGAGAGAGAUAGCUUACCUGAUCCUAAUGGGCCGUGUGCCGAUUGGAAACCUGAAUACGACCGCCUGUGGGUUCAGUUACCUCUGCGUUCGAGAAGUGCCGUGGCACAACCGUCUGUAUGUUUAGAAGCAGGAAAACGUUAUAAUCUUCUGCUGCAAUUCCACAAAUUCAACAGCCACGUGGACACGCCUUUGGCCUCCAUCCUAGUUGAUUCGAUUAUUCUGAAGCCAAGGAUAGACGUGAUACCCUUCUUCAAAGCGCCGGGUCUGGGUGAACUGCGUCGCCAAGAAUACGAACGUUACCACUGUAAUGAAAUAUAUAACGAUGUCAACAGCGUGUGGAAUAACGUACCCGACAUCUGCAGGAAGUAUCAAAAUAGUAUCGGCUAUUACGUCUUCGAUGGCGCUCAUUCUUGCGAAUGUAACCCAACGGGUUCUCGCAGUCUUUUGUGCAAGAACUACGGCGGGAUGUGCCCGUGCAAGCCAAACGUAGUUGGUAGACGUUGUGAUCGUUGCGCGCCGGGAACCUACGGAUUCGGUCCGGAGGGAUGCAUUUCCUGCGAUUGCGACGGCGUCGGUGCACUCGACAAUUUCUGUGAUGUCGAGACCGGACGCUGCAAGUGUCGCCCCAACACCUACGGCAGGACUUGCGGCCAAUGUGAGCCUGGCUUCUGGAACUUCCCUCAUUGCCAACGCUGUGAGUGUCACGGACACGCGGACAGCUGCGACUCAAAGACCGGGGCCUGCAUCAACUGUCGAGAUUUCACCACCGGGCACAAUUGCGACCGUUGCGUUGACGAUUUUUAUGGCGAUCCGCGAAUUGGCGUAGAUAUACCUUGCAGAGCGUGUCCUUGUCCAGGCACACGUGAAUCCGGUCAUUCCUACGCCAACAGCUGUUCAUUAGACUCAAUAACGCAGGAUGUAGUGUGCGAGUGUUUCGAGGGAUACUCCGGACCCCGCUGCGAGCAUUGCGCCGAGAAUUAUUUCGGCAACCCGGAGAUACCAGGCGGUAACUGUCAAUUCUGCAAUUGCAACAAUAACACAGAUUUACGUCGUGUCGGUAACUGCGAUCCGCACACCGGUCAUUGUCUCCAAUGUCUCUUCAACACUGAUGGUUACACUUGCGAGGUGUGCAAAGCAGGAUUCUACGGAAACGCUCUACGGCAGGAUUGUCAAGACUGUCGAUGUAACGUCCUGGGCACUGACAAGACCGCGGGAUCGUGCGACCAUCGUACCGGACAAUGUCCGUGUCUGUCUCACGUUAUAGGACAGCUUUGCGACUCCUGCGAGGAAAAUCAUUGGAGAAUAGCCAGCGGACAAGGUUGCGAUCCUUGCGAGUGCGACGUAGUUGGAAGUAUUUCAGACAGAUGCAAUCCCUACGACGGCACUUGCGAGUGCAAACCAGGAUUCGGCGGCAGGCGGUGCAACGAGUGUCAAACAAACUUCUGGGGCAACCCGAACGUUGAGUGUUAUCCAUGCGAAUGUGACGUGAUCGGUUCCGCCAGCCAGCAAUGCGAUAGAGAGACCGGAGUAUGCGUUUGCCAUAAGGGUAUCGGCGGUGAGAAGUGCGAUCAAUGCGACCGUGGCUAUCACGGCGAGGCUCCACAGUGCAGCCCAUGCGGCGAAUGCUUCGACAAUUGGGAUCUGAUAUUGGACGGUCUUAGGAAUAAGACAAACGCGGUCAUUCAAGAGGCCUCGAGGAUACAGAAAGUCGGUACGACCGGUGUUUACAGCCAGGAAUUCGACGACAUGGAGGAGUCCCUAAAUGAAGUACAGGACUUAAUUAGCAACACUACCAUUCGGAGCCAAGAUCUGGACGCGUUCGAUGACUUGGCCGAGGAGUUGGUCAAGAAUAUCUCCGAAUCGAUCAAGCAGUUGGACGAAGCAAAUAAUCAUUUGGAGAAUCUCAGUCAACGAGUUAAUCUUGGUGACGUUGCGUUGAAGAGAUUGAAGAACAGGACUAACAAUCUGCAUGAGGCCGCCGCCGAUUUGCGGGAGAAUGCCACCAGGUUACAGGAAGAGAAUGUUUUAGGUGCUCUCAACGUAACUCAGCAGAUGGCAGAACAAUCCAGACAAGCCGAGAAAAUGGCAAACGACUCUACGAAUGUCCUGGGCGAUGCAGAACGAUUCCGCAAGCAUACUGAGAACCUCCUAGCGAAGAAUCGUGCAUCCGUGGACGAGGCUCAAGAAAGGAACAAGGAGUCAUUGACGAAGUUGAAUGAGAAACUGAAGACGUUCCGUAUGGCAGUACCUGAGCUAAAUCUACGCAUGUGUGGUGACAAUGUAACGGAGUGUAGCAGCGUCUGCGGCGGUGCGGGCUGUGGCACUUGUGGAGGAUUAUCUUGUGACGUAGGCGCAGUCAGCAAAGCCAAUCAAGCUUUAGACGUUGCCAAACAACAAGCUGCCAAAAUCAAGAGUCAUAAGGACGAUGCUGAACAACUAUUACGUAAUAUGAGCCAAAUCAAGCAAGAUGCAACAGCGGCAAGAUCGAACGCUCAAGACGCUUUUAACAUCGCAUCGGAGGCGCAGAGCUUCUUUGAAAAGCUCGCCAAGAAUAUGGCAAACAUGAUCAAGCAAAUGUUGAGUACUCAAGAUGAGGACCAACCUACACCAGCUAUGGUAAGAGCUCUUGCGUACGCAAUACUCGCGAGGAAUAUCCAGCUGGAGCCGGAUCAAAUCGCACAGUUGGCCGAUCGCAUCGAGGAUAUGGUGGGCUCUCUUACUGACUCCGAGAAGAUUCUCGCCGAUACCAAGGACGAUCUACAAUUGGCGCAUGACCUCGAGGAACGCGCUAAUCAAAUUAAAUUGACAGCCAUCGAGAAGCAAGUCUUGGCGAACAAAAUGAUUUUGCUGUUGAACGACGCACAAAAGGCGCAACAUCUGGCACAGGACGCGAUCGAUAAGGCGGAAGCUGACGUGUCCAAAUCGCAGAAAGAUCUCGCGGACAUUGCCGACGUAACAAAGGCCGCUCAGAUCCAAGCUAACAGCACCACACAAACGGUGGAAGCAUUAGAUGCCCGUUUGAAGCAGCUUCAGACGCAAUCUGCAAAGAACAGUUUCAUUCUAACGGAGAUCGGCACAGAAGCAAAGAAAGUCGCCGAUGAGGCACAAGCAAUCGAUGGCAAGACGAAAAAACUGUCGGAGGAGUACAAGAGGGCGGAUGAGUCAUUGAAUCAGCGAGUCAAUAAAACCAAAGGCGAUAUUCAGCGGGCGAAGAGACUCUUAACGCGUGCUUCCGAGCUAACAGCAGACACGUCGACCAAGUCCAAGGAUCUGGACGGCAUGGAGAGCGUUUAUAAGGAAAAUGAACGACUGCUGAAGGAACUGAUGAGCGACGUAGACAUGCUGAUGGGGGAGAUGGAAAGAAACAUGGCUGAGAUCGAGAAGAAAUCGCAGUUGUACAGACAGUGUUCUGCUUAAAAUUCAUCGCAAUCAGUUAGGAAGUCACUUAUCUUCUGAUCGAAUUUCAUCUGCAAAGUACGAUACGUACCCAUAACCAGUGGAUCUUCUCUUCCCUAUUACGUUUGAUACAAAUCUGUCCACACUUUUGCUUCAUAGACUCCAAGAUCUCUUUCCAGUAUAUAUGUCUCAUUACUGCAUUUUAUUGCGAGAUAUAGGUCUUGGUAAGAUCGGUGCUUUAUACUUGUGCAAUAGCCGUGAAUUUUACCUUGAUUUGUAGGAAAUGGAUACACGUAUUUACAUAUUGCAUACACAUAUAUACAUUUGGCAUUCGCAACUUAUUCUGAUUAAUAUUGCGAAAAGCGAUGAGAUUAUUAUUAGUGCCAUAAAUGGAGAGGCCAUUAGUAGUUGUAAAGAGGAUGAUUUCUACGUCGAUUAAAACAUCGCUUCGAGCGCAAUUAAGAUGCAUAUCUUUAUAAAACUGAAAUAAUAUAUUUGCAGAAAUUUGCAUUUAGUAUUAUUAUGCACUAAG